AUGGGCCACCACGGCGACGAGAAGGACCGCAUCGUGAUUAACGUGGGCGGCAUCAAGCACCAGACAUACCGCGGCACGUUGCGAACGCUGCCCGGGACGCGCCUCUCCUGGCUGGCUGAACCCGACGCCGCCAGUCACUUUGACUAUGACGCGGCCGCCAAUGAGUUUUUCUUCGAUCGGCACCCGGGCGUCUUUGCCCACAUUCUUAACUACUACCGCACCGGUAAGCUGCACUGCCCGGCCGACGUGUGCGGACCCCUGUAUGAGGAGGAACUCGCCUUCUGGGGCAUCGACGAGACCGACGUGGAGCCGUGCUGCUGGAUGGCCUACAGACAGCACCGUGAGGCCGAGGAAGCGCUGGUCAGUUUUGGUGGAGCGACUUUGCUAGACAGUGCUGCACACGAUGAACCAGAAGGUGAAACUGGCGCACACGAAGCACCUGCUGAAGGGGAUGAAGGAGCGGACAUGACACGAAGACUGGCGCUGGAAGACUCACCCGAGACACGAUCAAGUCGGUGGAGCCGCUGGCAGAGGAAGAUGUGGGCUCUCUUCGAGGACCCCUAUUCAUCCAAAUACGCGCGGUGGGUGGCAUUUGCAUCUUUGUUCUUCAUUCUGGUGUCCAUCACUACAUUUUGUCUGGAGACUCAUGAAGCCUUCAACCCUAUAGUUAACCAUACUGAGAUUGAAAUUGUGGAUAAUGAAACCCUGGUGCAUUUUUACCUCAAGACUGAGACCAUGGUACAGCUUACCUACAUAGAAGGAGUAUGUGUCAUCUGGUUCACCUUUGAGUUCUUAAUACGAAUAACCUUCUGUCCUGACAAAAUCAAAUUCAUUAAAAAUGCCCUCAACAUUAUUGAUUUUGUGGCCAUUUUACCCUUCUACUUGGAAGUGGGUCUUAGUGGCCUGUCCUCUAAAGCUGCAAAAGAUGUCCUAGGGUUCCUGCGUGUUGUCCGCUUCGUCCGGAUUCUGCGUAUCUUUAAGCUGACACGGCACUUUGUGGGUCUGCGGGUACUGGGGCACACACUGCGAGCCAGCACCAACGAAUUCAUCCUUCUAAUCAUCUUCCUUGCUCUUGGAGUUCUUAUCUUUGCCACCAUGAUUUACUAUGCGGAACGUAUUGGAGCCAACCCUAAUGAUCCCCGUGCAAGCGAUCACACACAUUUUAAGAACAUUCCCAUUGGUUUUUGGUGGGCUGUGGUCACGAUGACAACACUUGGCUAUGGUGACAUGUAUCCUUCUACAACAUCAGGUAUGUUGGUUGGGGCACUUUGUGCUCUGUCUGGUGUGCUGACCAUUGCCAUGCCUGUGCCUGUGAUUGUCAACAACUUUGGCAUGUAUUACUCUUUGGCAAUGGCUAAACAGAAACUUCCUAAAAAAAAGAACAAGCAUAUCCCACGAGCACCUCAGCUGGGGUCCCCCAACUACUGUAAGUCGGUCAUUAACUCGCCAAGACCCAGCACACACAGUGAUUCCUGUCCACUGGCCCAGGAAGAAGUCUCUGAGAUAAGAUACCAAGAUUUUAAGGUGAAUGGGGAGGCAUCCAAAGCUGCCCUGGCCAAUGAGGACUGUCCACAUAUUGACCAAGCUGUGUCACCGGAGGAGGUUUUCAGCCCUGUGGACCGUGAGAGACCCUGCUUCCUACUAACUUCAGCAGAACGGGGCAAUCACCUAGGGGCGAGAGUCCGGAAGGGUUACGAAAAGCCAUGGAGCCAUAGCAGCAUGUCCGGAGGCGUGGCCUCAGUGUCGGCCCUCCCCUGCAGCCCGCCCUGUCUCAUGCAGCAGGCCCACUCCCCCAUCCCAUCCAUCCUGUAGCAUGGACAAGCAAACUAACCAAUCAGAGGCCUCGCUCUGCAGCGCUGCGCUGAGACGCCUGCCCACACUGUGUACCAUCCGUCUCUCAUCAACCUUCAAUUCUUCAGUCCUUCCCUACUUUUGUUUUCAUCCUGACCCUUUUGGGUUACUU